UUUAUUUGCGUAUUCUUCUCCUCACAAAGGGAGAAGCUUUCUGCAGCUGCGCAAACCCCCGAAGCUUCUCUUUCUGUUGCGAAUAUGGUUAGGGUUAGUGUUUUGAACGAUGCUCUGAAGAGCAUGUACAAUGCUGAGAAAAGAGGGAAGCGCCAAGUUAUGAUUAGGCCAUCCUCCAAAGUCAUUAUCAAGUUCCUUCUUGUCAUGCAGAAGCACGGUUACAUUGGAGAAUUUGAGUAUGUUGAUGACCAUAGGGCUGGCAAAAUCGUAGUUGAAUUGAACGGCAGGCUUAACAAGUGUGGUGUAAUCAGUCCCCGAUUCGAUGUCGGCGUUAAAGAGAUCGAAAGUUGGACUGCUAGACUCCUACCCUCAAGACAGUUUGGAUAUAUUGUGUUGACUACCUCUGCCGGCAUCAUGGAUCACGAAGAGGCCAGGAGAAAGAAUGCUGGUGGUAAAGUUCUUGGGUUUUUCUACUAGGCGAGUAUUUUUGUUUUUGAUAAACUGUUGCCCCGAAUUUCAAUUUUGAGAUGAGGUUCUCACCGGUUGGAGUGGAUGAUAUUCUUUUACUUUCAUGGUAGUAUGAUAGCAAGAGGUGUUUUUCGAGUGCACUUUGUUUGCUUAAUAUGGCUUCUUUAUCAUUAUUUUUCUUAUACCAAAAUGUACUCCAGGAUUGUUUUAUGUUUUAAACUUUGAAGACUUGGAUUACAAAAUGGGAGCAUUAGCGAUGUUUUGAUAUUUUGCAUGAA